AAGUAAGUGUAAACUGCGAAGACGCCGCCAUCUUCAGCUUUUUCUUCUGCCUUCUGCAGUUUAAAUAAACAGCACGACAGUCUGCGAAACUAACUUCAGCGCAGUUCAGGGGUGUGGAGACCGUAGGUGAAGGUCUGGCUGAGAGCGGGGCAGACGCAGUCUUCUGCAAUGGAGUUUAGAGCUGUGGUGUUUGGGGGGAAGUUUUCUGGGAAGAGCUCCUUGAUUAACUCUGUGUUUGGAAAAAACUUGGUUCCAAAUAACAAGAGGACUGCUCAGUGUAAGAAACUACAGGGAAGCGUGUGUGGAAGAAAACUCACGCUGGUCGACACUCCAGGUUGGUGGAAACAUUUUCCACUGAGUGACACUGCAGAAUUUCUGAAACAGGAACUUGUUGAAGGAGUUUCUUUGUGCCAUCCAGGACCCCAUGUGGUCUUACUCGUCAUCGAGAUUGACAUUCCAUUCACAGAGAAACACAGGAAAGCUGCAGAAGAUCACCUUCAACUCCUUGGUGACCAGAUCUGGACAUACACUCUUGUACUGUUCACAAGAAGCUUCUCUCAGGGGGAUAGAACUAUAGAAGAGCACAUUGAAAAUGAGGGGGAAGCUUUAAAGUGGUUGAUAGAAAGAUGUGGGAACAGAUAUCAUGUCUUUGGCAAUACAGCAUUAAAUGAAAAAUCUCAGGUGACACAGCUGCUGGAAAAGAUUGAAGAUAUAGUGGAAAGAAACAAUGGCACUUAUUUCCAAAUUGACACAAAAAUACUGGAAAAGGCUGCAGAGUGGAAGAAGACUGUGAUGACCAAAGCACAAUCCAGAGUGUUAAAACUACAACAAAAGACACACCUUAAUAAAGGGCUAAGAAUUACGUUGCUGGGUUGGGUGAUCGCUGGGAAGAGUUCAGCUGGGAACACCAUCCUUAACAAUACAGUGUUUGCUAAUGAUCGCAGUACUGUUAAAUGUCAAAGUGGGUGUGGUGAAGUGGAUGGAAGACCAGUAACUGUGCUCGAUACACCCAGUUGGUUUAAAUACUUUCCCAGUCAAUACUCUCCAGCAUGGAUAAAGUCUGAAAUUUUUAAGGGUGUGUGUCAGACCGUUACUUCCCCACAUUGUAUACUUCUAGUGAUUCCUGCAGACACAUCAUUCAAAGAAGAUCAGAAAAAGGUCAUUCAAGAGAAUAUGAGCUUACUUGGAGAGCAAGUGUGGGGGCACACUAUUGUACUUUUCACAUGGGGUGACAUACUUGGAGACUUGACCAUAGAGCAGCACAUUGAGAGUGAAGGUGAAGCCCUCCAGUGGGUGGUUGAGAAAUGUGAGAACAGAUAUCACGUCUUCAACAAUGAAGAGAGGGAGAAUCGUGUUCAGGUUACGGAGCUGCUACAGAAGAUUGAUGAGGUGGUGGCUCAAAACAGUUUAUUCCAGCUGAAUACUCAGACAAGUGGCAGAAUUCAUGCAAGGCAAGAAGAAGUGGAUGCACAGGCACAGAUCACUGAUGAGCAUGAUUUACAGGAUGUGGUCCAAUUUGUGGAUGAAGAAUGGAGAAGACGGGACAAGGAGCUUCUAAGAAGGGUUUCAGAAGUGAAAAAGGACAUAAAGGCUGUAAGGGGAGAUAGAAGUAUGGAUUCCCCUCCUUACUUAAGUGAAAACAAUGAGACAGAAGACCCAGUUGAUGAGGAAGUGUCUCAAACAGAGCCAGAGCCAGCCGGAACAGUGCUGGAUGAGCAGAAAAGUACCCUGAAACUCAAGGGUCAGAUUAAAGAGAUGCUUGAUCAGGAGUGGAGCAGACGUGAAGAGGCAAUAAUGGGAAGAUUUCUAGAAGUGUUGAGUGAGCUCAGAUGUGAGGCACAUUCUGAACCAACGGAACGUGACAAAGAAAUAUCCGAAAAGAAAGUCUCCAGCUGGUUACAGGAGUGCUCUGAAGGAUAUGCAUCAGCUUCAGGCAGUGUUCAGUCAGACAAGAUUAGAGCUGUGGUGUUUGGGGGGAAGUUUUCUGGGAAGAGCUUCUUGAUUAACUCUUUGUUUGGAAAAGACUUGGUUCCAAAUGACAAGAGGACUGCUCAGUCUAAGAAACUACAGGGAAGCGUGUGUGGAAGAAAACUCACGCUGGUCGACACUCCAGGUUGGUGGAAACAUUUUCCACUGAGUGACACUGCAGAAUUUCUGAAACGGGAACUUGUUGAAGGAGUUUCUUUGUGCCAUCCAGGACCCCAUGUGGUCUUACUUGUCAUCGAGAUUGACAUUCCAUUCACAGAGAAACACAGGAAAGCUGCAGAAGAUCACCUUCAACUCCUUGGUGACCAGAUCUGGACACACAUGCUUGUGCUGUUCACUAGAGGCCACACUCUGGGGGAGAGAACUAUAGAAGAGCACAUUGAAAAUGAGGGGGAAGCUUUAAAGUGGUUGAUAGAAAGAUGUGGGAACAGAUAUCAUGUCUUUGGCAAUACAGCAUUAAAUGAUAAAUCUCAGGUGACACAGCUGCUUGCAGAGAUUGAAGAUAUAGUGGAAAGAAACAAUGGCACUUAUUUCCAAAUUGACACAAAAAUACUGGAAAAGGCUGCAGAGUGGAAGAAGACUGUGAUGACCAAAGCACAAUCCAGAGUGUUAAAACUACAACAAAAGACACACCUUAAUAAAGAGUUGAGAAUUGUGUUGCUGGGUUGGGUGAUCGCUGGGAAGAGUUCAGCUGGGAACACCAUCCUUAACAAAACAGUGUUUGCUAAUGAUCGCAGUACUGUUAAAUGUCAAAGUGGGUGUGGUGAAGUGGAUGGAAGACCAGUAACUGUGCUCGAUACACCCAGUUGGUUUAAGUACUUUCCCUCACAAUACACUCCAGCAUGGAUAAAGUCUGAAAUUUUUAAGGGUGUGUGUCAGACCGUUACUUCCCCACAUUGUAUACUUUUAGUGAUUCCUGCAGACACAUCAUUCAAAGAAGAUCAGAAAAAGGUCAUUCAAGAGAAUAUGAGCUUACUUGGAGAGCAAGUGUGGGGGCACACUAUUGUACUUUUCACAUGGGGUGACAUACUUGGAGACUUGACCAUAGAGCAGCACAUUGAGAGUGAAGGUGAAGCCCUCCAGUGGGUGGUUGAGAAAUGUGAGAACAGAUAUCACGUCUUCAACAAUGAAGAGAGGGAGAAUCGUGUUCAGGUUACGGAGCUGCUACAGAAGAUUGAUGAGGUGGUGGCUCGAAACAGUUUAUUCCAGCUGAAUACUCAGACAAGUGGCAGAAUUCAUGCAAGGCAAGAAGAAGUGGAUGCACAGGCACAGAUCACUGAUGAGCAUGAUUUACAAGAUGUGGUCCAAUUUGUGGAUGAAGAAUGGAGAAGACGGGACAAGGAGCUUCUAAGAAGGGUUUCAGAAGUGAAAAAGGACAUAAAGGCUGCACUCCCUAGAAGGGGAGAUAGAAGUAUGGAUUCCCCUCUUGAGUUAAGUAGGAUAUGUUUACACACUGCAACAGAUGAUCACUAUGAUGAAGAAGUGCCUCAAACAAAGCUGGAGUCUGGCAAUGUAGAAACAGUUCAGAAUGAGGCCAAAAGUACCCUGAAACUCAAGUGUCAGAUUAAAGAGAUGCUUGAUCGGGAGUGGAGCAGACGUGAAGAAGCAUUAAUGGGAAGAUUUCUGGAACUGUUGAGUGAGUGCAGAUAUGAGGUGCUGUCAGAGCCAACUGAAGAAGACAAAGAAAGAUCCAGCCAGAAAGUCUUUGACUGGUUUCAGGGAUGGUCAGCAGGUUAUGCAUCAUCUACAGGCCAUAUUCAGUCUGACGCAUGAUGUCCUCAUAAGAGUUUUGUAAUGGUUAGGGUUAGGGUUAGGGUUACAUAAAACAUGUAAUCAGCAAUGCAGUAGAUUGUGUUUCUGUAAUUUUAUAUUUACAUUAAAUAAUAACUCUGCAGGUCACUCACUCAAAAGGAGUUGCCUUCAAAAAAUAUAGACAAGGCAAUCAUGAGUUAUGCGCUGACAGCUGAAUACAGUGCUUUUUCACUCUGAGGGAUAGCAAAUGUGACCUGUUCUGCAAAGAGAAAGAAAGAAGUCCAGGCUCCUCUGGUGAUUUUGUUUGCUAAAGGAAAAUGAAAGAAUGCUGAUUUGUAAUUUUUGUUCUUUAAAUUGUAAAAGUAUCCUGAGAGAUUACUUUUCUUUCUUCUCUGUACGUUGUUUACUUGCAUUGAUGGAGUAAUGUAAAGAAAAUAUAAACUAUAUGUCCAAACAUA